UUGGCUGUUUUAAAAUGGAGGCAAUUUAAACCGUACUGUAGCGCUUCCCUCGACGGUUGCAUUUUUUAUCUUCGUCGCUGGUAGAACAGAAGUCCACGCUGACGAACAAAGAAAGACUGACUAUGGCCGAAAGCGACUCUGGCGAUACCUCCGAGCGCUACGAGUUCGACGCCCCGACCCACGUCGUGGAUUUCAAGGAGCUGGUGAAUUCACAAACCGAUGAUACGUGGUUUGAAAAUGUUGGGGGAGCAGAUGGUCACCUGAUCACUCCUUCAAGACCUGACAAGCUGUUAAUGCAAGAUGAUGAAGGUAGAACCAGCGUGAUCCCUGACAAGAAUGUGGACUCUGGCCAGAGCAUAUCCACAUCUCCACCCACGAACAUUGUCACAUCCUGGGGCUCUAAAACUCAGAAUGGUGGCCAACCACGGAAGAAGACUGCUAAAGAACACUCUGCACAGCCAUGCAGGGUUUCAAAACGUAAAGAGAUGACCACCCGCCCAACUGCACCGCCGUCAAAGAAACAGAAAGAAACUCCUGUUAGGAAACCCAGAAGUGGGCAGCUGAAGCUCAGAUCUAGUUGUCGCAGGCGUCGCCAACUUAGUGCAAAGGUUUCACCAAAAACCCACCAAACAGCUUCCUCCUCUACAAACACAGAGCGAAGCACUUCCGAGGACCUGGAGAUGGAAAGAAUCAGAAACCUCCAGAGAGAAGUGGCUCUGCAUCGCAAGAAGAACGAGGCCAGCUACAAGGCAGCUCUGGCUGGCAAUCCACCACCAAAGAAAAUGCUGCUGUCUGCGACUGUGCCCCAAGAGUUUCACUUCAACACAGACACUCGUAUUAAGGCGUCCGCUUCAUCAAACACAUCGCACAAGGCCGUGGACUUCAUCCACCAGCUUCGCAAACCCUCCUCACCAGUAAAGACUAGAAGAGGAGCCACAGUACCCAAGCCCUUCAACCUGUCGAAGGGCAACAAGAAGAAGGAAGACGAGCCGGGAACAUACGUGUCCAUGGCUCAGCAGAUCGAGCAGUUCCAGAAGCGAACGCCGCCCCGCUACCAUAUGCGCAGUCACAGAUCCCAAGAAAGAGGGCCAUCUCCAGUGAAAGGUAACCCCCAUCUCAAGCUCACACAGCCUCACUCCCCUCACCUGAUGACACGUCAGAGAAGCCGACCUACAACUAUUAAGAGCAGUGCAGAGCUGGAGGCUGAAGAGGUGGAGCAACUUCAGAAGUUUAAAAUCAAGGCCCAGGAGCUGAACAAGAAGAUACUAGAGGGUCCAGAGGAGCUGAAGAGGCCAGCAGUGAAAGAACCCACCGUACCUGAAGGUUUUGAGUUGGAGAUUGAAAGAAGGCUGCAGGAGAGACAAGCCACCAAGAAGCCUCAGGAAAGCGAAGAGAAGCCCAACAAUUUUAAAGCCAAGCCUCUGCCCAAAAAGGUCCUGGAGGGAGUCGUGGGACUGCCAGAUAAAAAAGUUCCAUAUCCAACUGUGCCAGAAUCUCCAGCGUUUGCCCUGAAGAAGAGGGUUCGCUUGGACCGCAAGGUCGAGGAAGUUAAACCGCCAUCGCCGGUGAAGGCCCCUCCAGUUCCUCACUUUGGCCUUCCAUUCCAGCCCCGGCUCCCAGAACACCACGUAGAAGUGUGUCCUUUCUCAUUUGAACAGAGGGAGCGAGAGAGACGAGCUUUAAAAGAGAAAAGGCUGGAGGAGAUGCGAAAUGAAGAGGUCCCACAGUUCAAGGCCAAGCCGCUGCCAGACUUCGACACUGUGGUCCUCCCGGAAAGGAAGAAGCUGGAGCCCACGAAGCCUGAGCCCUUCAGACUGCUCAUCGAUGAACGAGGAGCUGUGAAGAACAGCUGCUGGGAACAGAUGGUGAAAGAGGAGCAGAAACAUCAAGAGGAGGCUGCAGUAUUCAAAGCCAGACCCAACACUGUUGUUCAUAAAGAGCCUUUCAGACCCAAAAAGGAGAGCCGGAGUGCCGUGGACAUUAAUUCUUCUACAGUGGUGGAAGCCUUUGAGCUGGCAACGGAGCGCCGGGCCCGAGAGUGGCAGGAGUACGAGCGAAUGGUCAGCGAGAAGGAGGCGCUGAGGGCGCGUAUGGAGGUGGAGCAGAGGCGAGAGGAGGAGCAGAAGGUGAAGGAGGAGAUCGCCAGGUUGCGGCAAGAACAGGUGCACAAAGCUCAGCCCGUCAGACACUAUAAACCUGUCGCGGUGAAGAAGAGUGAAGUUCCUCUCACAGUCCCCGAGUCGCCCAACUUCUCCGACCGCUUCCGUCUGUGAGCAGCCAGCCUUGCUUUAGUGUAUGACCUGUAUAUUUUACCACUGCAAACAUUUGUACUUUUAAAUUUAUUUU